AAUAGGUGUGCGUUUCGGACUCUGGUCGCCGUCCCUGAAGUACUCACGUAUCUCCCUACGCAAGUUUAAUCGAGAUGUCUAAGAACAGUCUAGAAGAUAAAGGAUCUACUAGUGCUCAAGCGACGGAAAAUACGCCUCUGAUAAGCAAAAAUGAGCAUGCAAAUGGAGGCGACGUACCAGGGAAGGGUGACGAGAAUGGAAGUCUAUCAGCCAAGCAGACAGCUCUUCUCAUAGCAGGAGAGAUGGCCGGGAGUGGAGUACUGGCACUGCCCCGAGCUAUGGUUAGAACUGGGUGGGUAGGCGUCCCUCUACUUAUAUUGAUGGGCGUGAUUGCUGCAUUCAGCGGCAAACGACUAGGAGACUGCUGGUCCAUCCUUGAGGAACGCGAUCCUCAAAUGAGGAGUAGAAAGAGGAACCCUUAUGCUAUCAUUGCCGAUCAAGCGCUGGGAAAGACCUGGAGCGUUGUAGCAUCAAUGGCGAUGAUAGUGACCCAGUUUGGUGCAUCUGUGGUGUACCUUCUGCUCGCGGCGCAGAUCAUCGAACAAGUGUUUCUCACGCUCAUACCCACGCUCUCAAUCUGCUGGUGGUAUCUCAUUGUGGCUGGCGCUAUGACGCCAUUGCUACUGUUUGGAACUCCUAAAGAUUUCUCAUUUUUGGGUGUCAUUGCCUUCGGAUCGGUAGUAGUCGCUUGCAUCUUGUAUUUCAUCCAAAUGUUAUUUGACAUCAAGCCUUUCGGUGUAUUUCGUUGGGGUCUUCACAAUUUCCAACAGUUCUUCCUGUCGUUUGGCACGAUGAUGUUUGCAUUCGGGGGGGCAUCUACCUUUCCUACUAUCCAAAACGACAUGGCCGAUAAGAGCAAGUUUAGUAAAGUGCUGCAAUACAGCUUCACAGCUAUACUAGGCCUAUACCUUCCCAUUGCGAUCGGAGGCUACGCUGUAUACGGGGAAUCUGUUGCACCGAACGUUUCCGCUUCCCUCUCACCAACUCCAGUCACCCUCGCUGGUAACAUCUUGAUGGUGAUACAUCUCGUAUCUGCCUUCAUCAUUCUUGUCAACCCCGUUUGUCAGGAGAUCGAGGAACUUUACGACGUGCCUAGAGACUCGAUCGCAUGGCGUAUGGGAGUACGUGGUUGCAUAAUGGCGGGAAUUUUGUUCAUCGGCGAGAGCGUCCCCCGAUUCUACACUAUUCUGGCUCUCAUUGGAGGCUCUACUGUGGCUCUGCUCACCUUUGUACUACCCUCCUAUUGCUAUUUGAAGCUUAUUCAGCCGAGUGAGGGAAGGGCUGCAAUAGAGGUACCAGGCUGGAUCAAAGUUGUAUGCUGGGAGGUGAUCGCAGUGGGCGCAAUCGGCGGAACCUUCGCUACAGUAGCGGCUAUCAAUGCAAUAUUUAGCACAGCUCAAACCACGCCUUGCUAUUUGCGAUAGACUGCACUUUUCAUUUUUGUAUUCACCAUUACAGAUUAGUUCAAUGUACAAAAAUGUGUUCAAAUCCUUGCCUUUAGUAAAAAAAACAAUAGCAGCACCGUAAUCUAUAUGGUAAUAGAUGGAUAACUUUCAGGUUAGGUUUCUCUACCUAAUUUCGUUGGAUUUUUUUAUAAUUCAAGUAUUCAAGUACAUUAUCGUGAAAUCUUAAAUAAUAUUUCAGGUUACUACAGCCGAAUAUUAACUAAUACUUCAUGACGACAAUUAUUGAAUAACAUAAAAUAAUGGCAAUUGCCAGCGAAAUUAGGUAAAGAAACGAAUCUGCAAAUUACCCAGAUACUCUAUCUCAUCGAUAAUAUCAUUAAAUUUGAAUAAAAACUAUACAAAGACCAAUAUGUAGUCACGUUUUCAAGCGUAGGUUUUAACCUAAUUUAAACCCGGCAUUAACAAAGCGUCUCAGGUCAAAACCUGGGUGCUUGCCCAUGUCUGAUCCUCUGUAUAUACGGUUUACCGACUUAAUCAUGGUAGUAACGGAGUGUGAAUUAGCGUGAACUUUGCAAUUUGCUACUUAAUAAUUUUUUGUCCGAUUGUAUGUACACGCCUAAAAUAUAAAUCUCGAGCUGCCAGGCGCUCGUGAUCUACCGGUUGGACCACAGACAUAUAUCUAGAUAUAUCUCUGUGGGUUGGACACUAAUGACCUAAACUUUAUAAAGAGUCGUGCUCAAUAAUCGUACCAAAAAUGAGUAGAUGUGUUUUGUUUGAAUACCUUUUAAUUUUUUUUACUCCAUUGAGUAUUUAUCAUUUUACCAGCUAUUUAUGAACUUCAUAGCCGUUAGGAGAAAUGCAGCUGGACUUAUAUAAUUUCAUAUACUCAACUCAAACAAUCUUUAUUCAUUUGUAAGUAUAAUAAGAAAGUUUAAGAAUUGUUAAAAAUAACAUUCCUACACGGUAUCAGACAAAUAUGUAUGUCAUCUCAAUUCUGUUCUUAAUUGCAUUAACCUUAAUGUAAUUUGGCUUGUGUCAAAUGCGACUUUUUAUUUUAUUUAUUGUAAUUCUUUGUAAUUUUUUUGGUUAAGUAAACAAAAAACAUAACUUUGUCUUUAUGAUUUUUUCCACUAUUAUUGAGGAUGCAUUAAGCUUAAUAGAACGUACAUACCAUCAAGGAUAUUAUCAAGAUUGACAUUUUGAAAAGUUUUCUCCUUUCCAUCCUCUAAGGUUUUCUCAUUGCCAGUCGCAUAGAGUUAAAUUUAUGUUUUAUAAUAUAAUAUUUUGUCAAGCUUGGCUCUCGACUCUGUAUUAAGCACCUAGAAUGUUGCUAUAUGCUAUUAUUGAAGUAAUUUCAAGUGACCACAGCCUUGUUCUGGCAUCAGUAUAUGCUAUAAUAAACCAUUGUAUUUGAUAUCCUUUAUACGAUUAAGCUAUAAAAUAUAAGAAGUUGUGUUCUAGGCGCUUGGUGCGUACCACAGAAACUUAUCAACUGAUAUACGUAAUGUAAUACAUAUAAUAAGAUAUUUAGGAACUAAAUAUUUUUUAGACAUUGUAAAAGCCA